UUUCAUCACUACCUAUCUAAACAGCUUAACUUCAUUUUUGUGCUUCUUUCUUCUCCUCCUCCUCCUUCUUCGUUGCCAAUUAUCAGAACAGAAUGAGACCUAGCAUUUUCAAGCUCGUUGUUCUUCUCAUUGCAGUUUGGAUAGCUGCAGGGGAGUGUAAUGCACAAGGGUUGAAGAUGAACUUCUACCAAGAAAGUUGCCCUCUAGCUGAGCUGAUUGUGAAAACAAUUAUACAGAGAAGUGUUCUAUCUAAUCCUGCUUUACCUGCGAAAUUUCUCAGAAUGCAUUUCCAUGACUGCUUUGUUAGGGGUUGUGAUGCAUCUAUACUAUUGGAUACAGUCGAUAAUAAUGCAAAGGCAGAGAAGGAAGCAGUACCGAAUCUAAGCUUAUCUGGUUUCGAUGUGAUUGAUUAUAUCAAGACUCAGAUUGAGCUACUUUGUCCUAAUACUGUUUCUUGUGCUGAUAUUCUUGCUCUAGCUGCUCGUGAUUCUGUUUCUUUCUUGUAUAAUUGGCCACUGUGGGAUGUGCCUACUGGAAGAAGAGAGGGUGAUGAAGACGGAAAAGAGAGAGACAACAGAGGAGAGAAAGGCGGUAGAAUCUCACAAUUCAUCAAUUGUUCAUUAUGGGAGGUGCCUACUGGAAGAAGAGACGGGCGAAUCUCUCUCGCAUCAGACGUUAUUGCAAACAUUCCUUCCCCCUUCUCAGACUUCAACACUCUUAUGCAAUUAUUCAACAGAAAAGGUCUUAAUCUUACUGACCUUGUCCUUCUAUCAGGUGGACAUACUAUUGGAGUUGCACACUGUGCCACUUUCUCACCAAGGCUUUAUAACUUCUCUGGACAUGGCGAUCAAGAUCCUUCCUUGGACCCAUCAUACGCCGAAUUCUUGAAGAAGCGGUGCCCUAAUCCGGCCAACCCCGCGACCAUCGUGGCAAUGGAUCCUAAAAGUGCGCUUACAUUUGAUAAACAUUACUACCAAACCCUGUUGGAGAACAAGGGUCUGUUCGUAUCUGAUGCUGCACUUCUAACCAACAGUGAUUCCGCUAAGAUUGUUGGACGACUGCAUAUCUCCAACUCUUUCAUCCCACAAUUUGCCAAUUCCAUGAAGAAGAUGGGAGCCAUAGAAGUGCUCACCGGAACUGCAGGAGAGAUCAGGAAGCAAUGUCGUGUUGUGAAUUGAUAGAAUGAAGAUACAAGAUAAAUGUCAACCGUAAUUUGUUACAUAUUUGAUGUAUGCUUCUAAUAAUUCAUUUUCUCACGUCGAAAGGGGAAAAUGUGACAUAAAAAUUGAUAUGUUCUUCCUUAAUUUUUCCUUUUUCUUUUUUAAUCAGCCAAAUUAAGUUCUUCCUUUCUUAUUAUAAUACAGUAUAUUUUUCUUU